AUGUCCCCUAACCCCUACCUCCUCGCCGCCGACAACCCGCAGGCCCUCCUUGAGCUCCUCCGCGAGAACCCCUCCAUUGCCGUGAGCCAGGACGAGCACGGAUACUCUCUCGUACACGCUGCCACCAGCUACAACCAUUUCGACCUCCUCCGGAGCUUGAUCAACGAAUUCAAGGUCCCAGUCGAUAUCAAAGACGAAGAUGGUGAAACAGCCUUGUUUGUGGUUGAGACAGUGGAAGCAGCUCGCAUCCUAGUCGAAGAGCUGAAGCUCGACACCAAGAUCACAAACGACGAAGGCCAAACCGCCAGAGAAAAGAUCGAGGCUGAAGAAGAAUUCCCAGAGGUUGCCGAGUAUCUCGCUGGUUUAGAGGGCGCCAACGGGGUAGCUAAUGGCACAGAAUUGCCGCCUGCGCCCCAAGGGUUGAGGGUUACUGUUGGUACAAUGGAUGAGGCCGAGGCGGGCGAACAACAACCAGACCCUGAGUUCAGGAGAAGGAUAGAGGAGCUGGCCGCCAGAGACGAUAUCCACACACCUGAGGGCCAAGCAGCUUUGCGCCAGCUUGUUGAGGAAGCCAUUGGUGGAGAGGGCCUGGCUGAGGAGAGAAGUGUCCGCCCGAGACAGGACUAA